AUGGACACGAAUGGUUAUGAUACAACUGGGUUAUCUUCAUCGUUACUAGCAGUUGGCCUCCUGCUGCCUACAAUUGCAACAGUAUACUUCGCAUCUGGAACAAAGAAGGCACAGACAAAGUGUACGUGUACGCAGUGCUUAAGAAUGAAAAAGAAAUACAGAAUUAACAAGUAUAAUUGGAUGUUCUAUGGCCUGCUACUUCUUUUAAUUGUUCCAGUGUACAAUAUACUAUUCAACCAAUACGGAAAGAAUACGAACAACGAUCCGUAUAAGCUGCUAAAUAUAUCACAGAACGCAACAAAAAAGGAAAUUGAAAAGGCGUAUCGUACAACAAUAAAGAAGGCCAAAUUUGUAAAGAUAGACAAAACAAAGCAAAAAGAGCUUGUGCAGAGCAUUCUCAAGGCAAAAGACCUGCUGCUAGAUGACAAAGCAAGAGAGCGGUGGGAUGCCUUUGGAGAUGCACCCGUGGUGAAUAACCACACUAUAGCCAUACCUUCUUGGAUUAUGAGCAAGUACAAUCCAGUUGUUCUUAUUUUCUUAUACGUACUGGUUCUUGGCGUGCUUCUUCCUAAGUGUGUGUCUUAUAUGUGGAUGUAUUCCUUUGAGUAUUCAUCAAGUGGAAUAUUGUAUAAAAGCACAGAGUCACUGUACAGUGCACUAAAGCACAUAGUAGUUGAGGACGUAGUUGGGCUAUUAGCACUGCUAAGCAAGUACACUAUAGAAAUGUCACAGUAUAAAGAGAAAACAGACCCGAAAAACAUUGAGAAGCUAAGAAAGAUAAUCAAGGAGAACUAUGGUAUGUCUCUUCCUAUGGACACAAAUGUAUUUAUUCUAUGUGUGUCCAUACUUCUAUUGAGAGAUCCAGAGGUUCUGGCCUUAGUGAAUGGAAAGGAUGUGGAGUAUUUACAGAACUGGCUGGUUCUAUCUUCGCACGCAACAAAGAACCUGGCUGCGGCGGUUAAGAACAGUUUUUUGUAUACACUGUCGAUAGAUCUAGAAAGAAGCAUUAUUCAGAGUGUGCCAGACCCAAUGUACUACCCAAUGCAGGCAGGAAUAUCCUUUUCUGACAUAUUUGUUUCUAAGUAUAAGAACAAACCGGUAGACGAGAGCACAGAAAUAGACAAAAAGAUGUUUAAGAUUGCUAUAUCUGGCAUGGAUAUGUAUAACGUAUUUGAUGGAAUUGUUAAGGAUGGCAUGUUUAUAACUGGAUCUGUGGAUGCAAUAAUAAAGCUGCGGAUAGAUAGGGAGGGAGUAAAUUCAUACACCCCCACAGUCAUUAAAAAGAGUGAUAGCAAGAUAAGCGACUCUGGGGAUCUUGCGGAUUUAGAGCAUAAUUAUGAAGAACUGUACCCCUCAUCGCUAGAGAAGUAUCCUAUAAAAAUCAAAGGAACUCAUUUUGAACCCGUGCAUGCGCCGAUGUACUUUGAUGACCUCUUAUACACAUGGACAUGCGUGCUGAUGGUGAAUAAGGACGUGCUAUUUGAGUCGCAUCCAUUCACGCCAAGCAAAGCAGGCACUGAUGUAUUUUUUAAGGUCCCUGCACUGGCAAGCAUUAUUUCAACAAGAAGAGCAGAGAUAGAAAUUAAGCUAAUCUGCGAAAAGUACUUUAAUAGAGAUGCCACAAAAAAGCUAUCAGUUCUAAUUAAAUAA